CGAAAGUUGACGUGUUAGAUUUAAAUGAUAAUGUUUUGAAACAUUGUAACAAUUUAAUAAAACAUAACUUUAGGGAUGAACUCGGAGUGCUCUAUGCGGUCCACUUCAUACAAGGUUAAAACUGUUUGCGUAAUAACAGGUGGAAUUCUCGUUCAUCUAUGUCUAGGGAAUUUCUAUAUAUUUGGCAAUGUAAGCCCGUAUAUGAUAUCAUAUUUACGCAACAGAACAAGUGAAACAUCAUUGAGUAACACGGACGUUCUUUGGAUUUCAAACGCCGCUUCUAUAGCCACACCAUUUGCUGUGACGCUAGGUGGAUUGUUGGACAGAUAUCUAGGUGUACGGACGGCGACCGGAAUAGGAUGUGUUUUAUGCUGCACUGGCAUAGGUUUGACAUAUUUGUCAAUAAAGAAAUCGCUACUUUUUGUCGCAUUGUCAUAUGGUAUUUUUGCAAAUUUUGGAACAUUUAUGGCAUAUGGACCCCCAGCAAAGACAGCUGUUAAGUGGUUACCGGAAAGGUCAUCAUUCGCGGUGGGAAUGAUAGUGAGUGGGUCUGGGGGCGGUGCCCUGAUAUUCAACCAGGUCGUUACAACUUAUAUUAAUCCGGAUAAUCUCCCGCCGGAUUUAGAAACGGCAGAUGGUGAAAAAUAUUUUACAAAUAAAGAGGUUUUGGACAGAAUACCUACGUUUUUUCUUUUACUAGCAGGGAUUUAUGCGAUUACCCAAUUCCUCGGAAUUUUGCUUAUAUUUACACACCCUAGUGAUAGACAGGAAGCUAAACGGUUAAGUUAUUCAGAAGACAACGCUAAUUAUGGUACAGUAUCGACGGUUAGAGAAGAUUUGACCACCAAUAAUGAAUACAGACAGAUUAAACAGCAAAAAUCAGUUUCAAAAGAGUCUGUAAAGACAGUGUUGUGUAAGGUUGUCACGAGUAAAAAUGCAUGGUGCUGGUGGGUUAUACUGUUUCUAAUUUAUGGUGGUAUGACAUACUUUAACAAUCUAUAUAAGGCAUAUGGUCAAACAUUCAUAACUGAUGAUCAUUUCCUUGCAACGGUUGGUUCCAUAUCAGCAAUAUUUAACUGUAUAUUUCGUCCUAUUUGGGGCAUGAUAAUGGACAAAUACGGGUUUCAAAUAGCAGUUAAACUGGCAUCGGCAUUGUUUGUAUGUUUUGCAUGUACUAUUGUACUCACGGAAUCUCUCGGCAAAAUUGCAUUUCUCGUGUGGAUCUGUGGACUUUAUGCAAGUUCUGCAUCCGUUAUGUCCAUUGGUCCAGCAACCUUAGGAAAACUAUUUGGAGUUGAACAUAUGGCUAUCAAUAUGGGUUUUACAUUCACUGGAAUUACUACAGCAGCAAUUACCGAUGGUUUUAUAGGUUUGUAUCUUCAAAGCAUAUUAGGAUGGCAUGGUUUAUUCCUUCUCGCUGGAAGUAUGGGAGUAACAGCGUUCCUGAUAACAUUUUUCUUCGAUUGCAAAGAUACGAACGGCACAAAAAUAUAAAUCAGUUUUAUAAAGAGAAACAGCAUAUAUAUUCUUUAAUGUGAAUAAGAUUAAAGGCAUGCAUGCGACAGGGAUUCAAAGAAAUAAUCAUUUCAACGUGUGCUUCAAAAUAAAGAACGUUGACUUCGUCAAUGUGUACUAAUAAAUUUGGAAGUUAACAAAUUAAACGGUAUUUACGUGCAUCUUUGCAAACCUGGGCAACCUACUGAUAAUAAAAUAUAUUUCUUUAAACAUAAACAAGAGUCAACAUAAUUUCAAUUAUAUUUAAACAAUUUGGAACAGAAUUAACAACAAAAUUAUAUGAAGAUUGCUGUCUCCGUUUAAUUGAAUCUGUUGGUGAGAGAUAAAGUGCAACCUCCUUUACGUCCCUUGUACCGGCCUAGGCUGUAUUUCUGAAUUUACUCUUUAGCACUUGUGUUGGAAUCAAUGAUCUCAAAGAACCAGUAAAUAUAACAACUAAAGCUGAACUAAUGUUCGGAGCAGCUUUACAGCUGAUAGACGUUUAAUUUACUGGACUAAUCUUGAAAUACAUUCAAUGUUAAUAUACUACUCAACUUUUAUAAGCAACAGAAGUUUCAUACUAAAGUAUAAAAAUUAUCAGUUAAUAAUUUUGCAUAGACUGAAUCAACAGCUAACGUAAAUGCAGUAUCGUUCACGCGUCAGUAGGCAUAGUUUAGGCAGACAAAAGGUGACAACAGCAAACAAGACCGACUCUUGUUAAUCCAGGCCUAUUGAGCACGGUAUGCAACAGCAACGCAUCUACGCAAUGACCUUCUUAAUGCUUCUAUGGUUAAUUUAUGUACUCUGACGGUGCGUUGAAUAUUUUACAAGGAUAAUCUGCAACCAAUAAGACCCUGUAAAAGAAUUCCAUUGACUUGUCGUUAUUACCAACCCCGUUCGGAAUGUGCGAAUGAGCAUGUAUGGUGGUACGGAUGAAUCUAGGUUAACUUAGAUUUUACAGACAAACAAGACGUGCGAGUAUCUGAAGAAGACAUUGGGAACUGUUUCAAUCCGGGAAUUUUGCUAAACAUGACCGCACAGGGUGAGUCAAUCAUCGUGUGGAGAGGCAUCAACGGUGACGGACAUACUGACCUCGUUGUGCUUAAGAUACAUACAUGGACUGGUCUGCGGUACAUAGAUGAGACGUAAACUACCACGGUUAGGCUGUUUGCGAUGACAAUACGCAUCCUACGAGACAUAGGUGGUAAAGGACUAUCGGGCGAAAGAGUGUUGGGCGCGUUGACCGGCAAGCCCGAUUACCCGACUUCAGUACAACAGAGCACGUGUAUAAUGAAUUGCAGGAAUGGAUAUCAGCUUAGUAGAUGCAAACUAGAGGCAGGGCAUGUUGGUGUAAGAAUAAGCCGUCGUUUCCGUCAGGACUGUCGGAAACCUCAUAGGGAGCGUGAGAAAGCGUUGCCGUGCAAUCGUCGUUAGACAAUUAAUUACACAACGCAACUGAGACUAAAAUUGUAACAUAAAUAAGGUUGUGAACAUUUGGAAAAACAAGUUGCUUUUCCAAAAACCUUAGAUAUAGUUAAGGUUGGGGUGAUUCUUCUCCUAUUCUUAAAGAUCCUGUAACACAAUUUUUUAUGGUUUUAUUUCAUACAUAUGAUGCUCAAAGUAAGAUUUGUCAAUAUUAUAAGUUCCAAUAAGCAUUAUUUGUAAAGAUUUUACCGAAUUUACCAUUUCAUGUAAAUAAGGGAGGAAAUUAGAAAUUUAUUUUCUAUAAAUUCAAAGUCAAAUUUUCCAAUAAGAAAUGAAUGCAUAUAAUUUAUUGAUUACUUAUUAUGUGCACAAAGAUUGCAGUACAUAUUUUACAUAUUCUUCGAUGUUUGAAACUUGUUUUAUUUGCAUAAUCAUAUACAUAUAUUAUUCUUGUUUUAUUUCUAAGAGUGGUAUACACACAAGUACAAUAUCAAUUACAAAACAUACAGGGGUAUACACACAGGUACAAUAUCAAUUACAAAACAUACAGGAUCUUUAAAACACAUAACAAAUACAAAAUCAGCAAAAACAGGUUAAAGAUAACCAUUAACUAUAUUUGGUGCUUAACAAAGGUUGAGUAGUAUAAAUUGAAAUCAAGAUUGGGAAAGGUCUACAAUUAAACUAUUUCGGUUUUAUUUCUAAAAACAAAAAAAUAAUAUUUCUUGCAAUUAAUUAUCACUGUAUUGCAAGCACAUUGGCAAGUUUUAUUAGAAUGUCACCAUUACUGUUGUUCGUGAUUUUAUCCAGUUAUGCAUGUACAUUCAAUACUCGAUUCUCAAAACCCACUUAUAAAAAUGAAAUGAAUUUGUUAAUUUAUGUUUGUAAAAAAAACGUGGUAAAUGCUUCUGUCAUUUAAUAUAUUAUUACAAAUUA